AUGAAUGGCCCUCGAAGGAUGAUAGGGGCCUGCGGCCGUAACCUCGGCAGUGGUUCUGCUGCGCCUCUAGCUCAUCCUCCCUCGAUACCCUCCAUUGCCUCAAGUGCGCGACCAUUAUCAACGCAAAAGCCUAUAAAAAGACCAAAUGGAUAUCAAACGGGCAUUAAAAAUCAGCUACAUGCUCGCGCUGCAAGACCUGCUCUGGCCGCCAUUCUCCUCAUUGCUGGAGGUACCGUCUACUAUCUCACCACGCCCUCGUCGCAAGAGAAGGUUCUGAACCAGGACACCUUCGUCCCUUACACGAUAACCGCGCGCGAUGACAUCUCGGCAACCUCCUUCAUCUUUACGGUCGCGCCGCAGCACCCCAAUCCGAACCCAAGGUACUUGACCGCCGACCGCGCGAGGUGGCGCUACCCGCUCUGGUCCGUCGAGUUCAAGCAGCCCGAGGUGCAGAUCGCGCGCAACUACACGCCCCUGCCUCCUCUGGAAGGCGAGCGCCUGGAGGACGGUAAGCUGCGGUUCUACGUGCGGUCCAUCCCCGGCGGCGAAAUGUCUACGUACCUUGGCCGGCUCGGCGUCGGGCGGGAGGUCUGGCUGCGCGGCACGCACCCUGGCUUCGACGUGGCCGCCCGGCUGGGCUCGCAGAGAAACGUGGUGUUCCUCGCCGGCGGCACCGGCGUCGCGCCGGCCGUGCAGGUGGCCCGGGCCGUGCUGGACAGCCACGCGGACUCGAGCUUCACGCUACUCUGGGCCAUCCGGAGCCGAGAAGAGCUCCAACAAGCUCCCGAUGUACUCGUGAGGCCGGAGCCGCCAUCCUGGUGGAACUGGUUCCAGCGAAGAUCGAGACCGCAGCCGUCAGAGGUCGAGCAUCCCAUCGCGGCGGCCAGCCCCCUGGGCCGCGAACUGGACGAGAUGAAGGCUCGCUACGGGAGCAGGCUGCGCAUCCGCGUCGGCAUCGACGACGAGAGCAGCCAGUUCCGCGCGUCCCACAUCGCGACGGCCAUCCAGCGCGCGGACGCGGCACCGACCACGCCCGGCGCGACGGACUGCCAGCCGCACAACCAAAAGUUCCACGCGCCGGCGUCCGAGUUCGAGCCGUCCGGGGCGCGGCCGUGCACCUGCCGGGCGGAGAGCCGUGGCAAGAACCUGCUGAUGGUGUCGGGCCCGGAGGGCUUCAUAUCGCACUAUGCAGGGCCCAAGGUGUGGCUCGGCGGCGUCGAGACGCAGGGUGCGGUGGGCGGCGUAGCUGGGGAGCUGCGUAGGAGGAACUCGACCUUUGCUGCCGAUUGGCUGGUGUUGAAGCUGUAG